CCGGUAUCCGCAAGCUCUGGUGUGUUACCAGGAGGGGAUUGAUCUGCUCCUGCAGGUUCUGAAAGGUGAGCAGCGAGUCAUGGAGCGGGGACCAGCGGAAAAGCAGUUGGGUUCCUGCUGUUUCUGAGGCGGGGCACCAAAGAUGACACAAAGAAAUGUAGUCUCAGAAAAAAAAUUUCUGACUACAUGGAUAGAGCAGAAAACAUAAAGAAAUACUUGGAUCAAGAAAAAGAAGAUGGAAAAUAUCACAAGCAAAUUAAAAUAGAAGAGAAUGCAACAGGUUUCAGCUAUGAGUCACUUUUUCAAGAAUACCUAAAUGAGACAGUUACAGAAGUUUGGAUAGAAGAUCCUUAUAUUAGACACACUCAUCAGCUGUAUAAUUUUCUUCGAUUUUGUGAGAUGCUUGUCAAAAACCCAUGUAAAGUAAAAAUUAUUCAUCUUCUCACAUCUCUGGAUGAAGGCAGUGGAAAAGAGCAGCAAAGUAAUGGCCUGCAAGAAAUAAAAGAAUCACUCCGGAGUCACGGUGUGCUGUUGGAGUUAGAAUACUCUUCUUCAAUACACGACCGGGAAAUUCGGUUCAACAAUGGAUGGAUGAUUAAGAUUGGAAGGGGACUUGAUUAUUUUAAGAAACCACAGAGUCGUUUUUCCCUUGGAUAUUGUGAUUUUGAUUUAAGACCGUGUCAUGAAACAACAGUGGACAUUUUUCAUAACAAGCACACAAAAAAAAUAUAAUACGCAGUGGCCUAAUUCACAUCAUGUAUUUCUAUUUUAAGUGAAUAUUGUUUUUUUUUUUUACUUUGUACAGAUCAUUUCUAUAAUGUAUGAGUUUAUCAGUAAACUUAAAUUUCUACUACUUUAUGGAUUCAUGGUUCAGUUUUGUGAACAUUUCUAAAUAUUUUUGUAAAUACAUUACUCAGUAGAUUUAUAAAGCUUCUUUUCAAGUCAUACAGUUAAAACAUUUUACCAGCUUUUAUUUUGGCUAUUGGAGAGUGCAGCAACAAAUAAUGAGCAUCUAGUAUGAAGCUGAAGGAGCCCUGGUGGCACAACGGUCAAGCACUCGGCUGCUAACUAAAAGGUUGGCGGUUUGAUCCCACUCAGCGGCUCCACGGGAGAAAAACCUGGCAAUCUGCUCGCAUAAAGAUUAUAGCCUAUUAAACCCUGUGGCGCAGUGGGGUCACUCUGACUUGAAAAACAACAGCACCCGACAACAGCAACA